CACCGGCCCGAGAGUGGGACGGGGGUGGGCAGAGGAAAGGAGGGGGAGAGGAAGAGGAAGGAAAGAGAAGAGGAAAAGGAAGAGGACGGGGACACAGCUCGUCAGGCUGCCGCCUCCACUCCCUGCCGCCGCCCCACCAUGAUCAAAGCCAUCCUUAUCUUCAACAAUCACGGCAAGCCGCGGCUCUCCAAGUUCUACCAGCGCUAUAGUGAAGACACGCAGCAACAAAUUAUCAGAGAAACUUUCCAUUUAGUAUCAAAACGUGAUGAAAAUGUCUGUAAUUUUCUAGAAGGAGGACUAUUAAUAGGUGGAUCCGAUAACAAACUAAUUUACCGACACUAUGCCACCUUGUAUUUUGUCUUCUGUGUGGAUUCCUCAGAAAGUGAGCUUGGUAUUUUAGACCUCAUACAAGUAUUUGUGGAAACACUUGACAAAUGUUUUGAAAAUGUCUGUGAGCUGGAUUUAAUCUUCCAUGUAGACAAGGUCCAUAAUAUAUUGGCUGAAAUGGUCAUGGGUGGAAUGGUUUUGGAGACCAAUAUGAAUGAAAUUGUCACUCAGAUUGAUGCUCAAAAUAAACUGGAGAAAUCUGAGGCUGGUUUAGCAGGAGCUCCAGCCCGGGCUGUUUCAGCUGUAAAGAAUAUGAAUCUGCCAGAGAUCCCAAGAAAUAUUAAUAUUGGUGACAUCAGUAUAAAAGUACCAAACCUACCCACUUUUAAAUAACAUGGCUACUCCAGGUAAUACCAAGGAAGAAAUGUAAUAGAGAUUUACUGCAUAAUUGUUUACUAAAUAAACAUGUCUAACUUUUACUGUUCAGAUAAAACUCAAGGUACUGCAUAGACAUAACCUGAAAAAUCAGUGUGUGGAGUUGAAUGUUGCUUUUGUCUUGUUUGUGAAAUUAAAGGAAAGGGGUAGUUCCCACGUGAUUUCUAAAUUACAUUCCUAUGCCCUUGCAAGGCAUAUCACUGUGUCUCAGCUGCUGCAGUAUUUUGGGGAAGUAUUGAAGAUAUUCUUUACUUUGUAUAAACUAUAAUGCUGAGGUUUUUUGUAUAUUCACCAAAGUCUCUAAUUAGUGCGUUCUUUACUUCUGUUUGUGAUGAUUAUUUAAUACUUAAGUGCAGAUGUUGCAUGAAAACAUUUAACUCAUGUUUUGUUUAAAUAAAAUCAUAACAAACUGGACUUCGAAACACCUGUUUUUUGAAGUCUACUGUUUGCAAUAAACCAUGUUAUUUCCUAA